GAACCGGUUUGUAGUUCAGUGUGAAAGGAAGUGAAGAUGACAGGACACACGUCGAUAGGGCUCCUCUUCAGUGUUGGCAUCUUGUUUCACUUUUGUUAUUGCGAAGUGAAAUGCAGAAAUGACGAAGACGAGGAGGUUGACUGGUUUAUUUUAUACAAGCUGCCCAACGUGAACAAUGCCGGUUUGUUGUAUUUGUACAUGGAUGAGAGCACGAAUGGGUGGCAACUCAGCCAGAAGGAAAUCAACAGCAGAAGUGGCUCUUUGGGGAACACACUAAAACCUCUUCUUGAUUUCUAUGACAGAAAGACUGAAGGCUUUGGUUACAUGCUCUACAACGAUCAACCUCCAGAUCCUUAUGCUGCUCCUUCGUCAUUUGGCCACAGCAAAGGGGUUGUAAUGUUGGAUCGACAACAUGGCCUUUGGCUUUCUCACAGCACACCCAAAUUUCCAACAUAUCGCAACAAAGACUUCUGGCCAAAGAAUGGAAAUUCAAACGCUCAAACGUUUAUUUGUGUUAACUUUCCCUACGCACAGUUUAAAGCAAUAGGAGUGCAGCUCAAGUACAUCCAUGCUUAUUCAUACGACUCUGUGGUACCUACAACUUUUCAUGAGGAGCUGCGGUGUGUCGCACAGAGAAGCUGCCUUCCAAGAAAAGCACCCUGGUCCAGCGUGACCACACUGACCUCCAUGAUGGGCCGUAGUUUCACCAGUUUUGCAAAAUAUGGACGCUUUAAAAAUGAUCUUUACUCGAGCCUCAUUGCAGACUACGUUUCAGAGGAUUUAUUUGUAAAAGGCUGGGGGAAACUGCGUGAACCUCUCGCCUCGAACUGCAGCUCCACUGCUCACAUCUACAACGUGAAGGAAGUGAAGCUGCCGAGGAGGAAGCCCUUCAGUGACACACAAGAUCACUCAAAGUGGUGUGUGACUUCAGAUGGCAGCUUGACCUGCAUCGCUGAUAUGAACAGAGAGAGGAGUCAGAUGGACAGAGGUGGAGGAGCUAUCUGCACUGCUGACCCUGUGGUUGGGAGGGUCUUUAGAGCAUUAAUCUUUCAGUAUGAACCAUGUAAACAGUCUAAUUCUGAAAGAGAACUGUAA